AACCUGCCAGACAGCACAGUCAUCCACACAGCGCUGGUGCUGCGUCCCCAAGUCCCCACUAGCAGCCUGCCCUGGUGCCCUGCUUGCGUGCUGUUCGCGCUGGGGCACUUUGGCCCUCGUCGGUGCUGCUGCUGCUUGCUGCGUGUGCUGCGUGUGCUGCGUGGGCGUGUGCGGGCCUGCCCUCCAACCCAGGAAAUCUCGUCCGCCUCGCUCUGCCCUGUCAUCCAUUCUUAUUCCCAAAAACGCCACUCGACUCUUCCCACAUCGCUAUCCUAUACCACCAUACCCCGUCCCCUCCCCACGGCUGCCCUCCCACAGACCACGCCGACGCCAAACGGCAGCGACGGCAGCCACCGCACUCAAUCCGACGCCCAAUUGAUUGAGCAACAAUCAAGUCGCGCAUAUUGCGGCCAGCCCCAACACCUAGCAACGCAACGCAGAGCAACGCAACGCAACGCAACGCAACGCAACGCGCUGAGUCGGGAUCCAGGUCGGGCACAGUCCGACCGACGACGCCCUGCACCGCAUUUCUCGCUGGUCAUGCCGCCCACCAGUCCCAACGACGGUGUCUCCAUGUCCGAGCUCAGCUUCAUCAAUUACGACGCCUACUCUGAACUCGACCCUGACCUCAGCCUCGACGGGUCUGCCGAUUUCCUCGACCUGAUCCAUUCCAACCCGGAUCUCUCCCAGCCAAAGGCCCAACCCGGCCUGCAGUCCACUCCCGCUCACCUCACCUCCGCACCCUCGCCCACCGCCUCCGACCAAGACUCCGCAUCCGACUCAUCCACCACACACAGGACGGACAGCUCCACCCUGUCGGCCGCAGCCAUGAACGGCGGCGAUGUCGACAUGGCCGGUAUGUGGGAUCAGCUCGACUCACAGCCGAGGCUGGACUGGGAGGACCACGGCGACUUCGUCGACAUCGACAACAUGCCCUCCAUCUUUGACAAUGCCAACGGCACCAUCAACCCUGCCGCUCUUGACCAGUCCCCAUACGGCGAGCACAUCGACAUCGGCGACACACAGUUUGCCCCCAGGCACGACUCCUCCAGCCCCUCAGACAGCAGCCAGAGCCCCAUGGCUGCCAACGCCUCGGACGAGUCUCCUCCGGAGGAUGCCGACAACCACAACGUCUUCUCUUUCAAAGGCUCGCCGCAAUCCGCACAAUCUCCAUACUCGUACCGCAACAAGCGUCACUCUAACUACUCUCUCAGCAAGUCCAUGAACGGCCUGCGCACCGGCGGCUCCAGGGAAGUGUCGCCAGCCUCACAUAUGGUAUUCAGCCAAGGCUCAUCGCCGUCUGCCGUCGCGAACUUUGCUCCUGUUGAAAAUGAAAUGUCCGACUACAGCGGCCUUCAGCCGGGCAACACGUGGUUCGGUACGAACUCGCUAUCACCAAACAACACGGCCACCGGGCAGAUGGAUUUCUCAGCGGCAGCACCAGGCGCCGGUAACAUGGGCUUCCCGAUGAUGCAGCAGCCUUCCUAUGCACCUUCAAGGCCUCAGUUGACAAUCCACUCGAUCCCUCCCAAAUCUCGCGUGGAGACCCAGAUCCCUAUCAAGAUGACUCUGUACCCUGUUCCAGCGGGCGUGAAGAAGAUCCAUCUUCCGCCGCAUACCAUAUCGAAGCCGAAGCUGCUGGCGAAACCCAGGCCCGCACCUGCACCGGACACGCUCGAGCUCUUUACUCAGCUCGUCUGCACCAGUGCCAUGGCCAAACCGGGGCUGAAGGACAGGGCCCUAGCUCGUGCUGCGGUUUCCGGCCAUCCUGCGGAAGUGAGGGCAGAGCCGGAUGGUGAUGACAAGCCUGAAAAUGGCGGCGAAGUGCACAUUUGCGCUGGCUGCGUCACACGAGAGCACAAGCGUGCCAACCGCAAGAAAGUCAAGAAGCCAGAAGAGGAGGAGAACUGGAAGAAGGAUGAGACCAAGAGAGUCAUUGUCUUCAACACCCAGGAGGUCAAGGACUGGCAACAGCCACCGCCCGAGGAGAUCAGGCCAUCCGGGACCAUGCAAAUCGAGGCGCCGAUGCGGAUUGCUUGCUACUGUCGCCAUCACCACGAGAAACUCGGGUUCCAGGUCAUUUUUACCCUCAAGGAUCACCUCGGCCAGGUCGUCACCCAGGGGUUGUCCCCAUCGAUAAUGAUCACAGACGAUCAUAAAACACAACCGCCCCCGAACCCUAUCAACUCGAUCGUCGCGACCGAUGCCGAUCCGUCAUCUGCCGCAGCGGCUCCCACAGCAUCAAGCGGCAUCAACGACAUGAAUGCCAUCCAGCCCGGGCACCCAUUCCGCCAGUCGCAGUCAACUUCCGAUAUACAGGCCUUGAAGCGCAGUGCGAAUGCUCUGCAACCCCCACCGAUGCACUCUGGCACCUCUUCUCAGCGAACCUCUGCCGUGCCGACCCCGCGAGUCCUCUCCAGACCGCCUUCGCCCAGUUCAAUGGGCCCAUCCGCGAAGAAGAGAAAAUCAAGCGGCGCAAAGCUGCCAACGACCUUGCACAUGACCCGGCUCGAGACGGCGAAUUUUGCACCGCAACCACCAAGCAGUCUGCAGAACGGGCAGCCAGGACCUUCGUCCUCAACCUCUCCUUUUACGCCACCAAGCACGAUAUCCUAUUCCGACAAUGGCGGCGACGGCAGCUUCAUCCCGGGCGCGACGGCUGCGAACCCGCCAUUCCCGGUGGGACCGCCCACACCGAACAGCAAUGAACAGGUCAUCUUUCCAGAUGCCAAUGGCUCCUCGGCUCCUGACAGCAUGACAGCCACGCCAAUGUUCUCUGCUCCUCCUUCGGCACAUACCAGCAGACCGCCGAGCCCCAGCGGGCUGAGGAACGGUGCGCUGCAACAGCCUCAGCUCAGCCAGGUCGGUCAAAUGCUGGCCCACGGCAUUCCCGUUCCUACCCCGUUCCCGAACACCAAUCAGCUGAGGCAGCCGAUGCCUUUGUCAGUUAUCCACAAGGUCAUUCCCAACGAAGGUCCGAUGACGGGCGGAAUCGAGGUUACCAUACUCGGCUCGGGUUUCUACCAAGGGCUUGACGUCAUGUUCGGGGACACGAAGGCUACUACCACUACGUUCUGGGGCGAGCAGGCUCUUCACUGUCUCCUGCCGCCCUACCAUGUGGCCGGAACAGUCCCUGUUAGCCUCAGGGGGCCCAAUGGCCAACCUCAGCUCCUACCGUCCCUGCAAAACAGACCGCAGGCCACCUUCACCUACAAGGAUGACAGUGAAAACCACCUGCUUCGCCUUGCUCUGAAUGUGCUUUCAAACAAGCUGACAGGAAACACCAAUGAACUACGUGGCUUUGUCAGUCGGAUCAUUGACAACUCAGCAAACUCGGGUGGAUCUUUGAACGGCAACUCCUUCAGUGGUGGGCCGUCGGGCUACAACAUGAACCUGGAGACAAAACUGCUGCACGUUCUCGAUCUGUUGGACAUGGAUGACAGCACUAACAAGGCGCGCCUUAACCUCCGACGGAAGACGGGACACACGAUGCUGCAUCUGUCAUGCGUCCUUGGGCUCCACCGUUUCACCGCAGGUCUACUGGUCAGAGGCGCCAACCCCAACAUACAGGACGCUGGAGGCUACACCCCAUUGCACUAUGCCGCAAUGCACAACCACCCCGAGCUGGUCAGGCGGCUCAUUCAGCAUAAGGCGGACCCCGCGCUCAAGACGCGACAGAAUCUACUUGCUUCAGAUGUCGCCACGACACGCGACGUCAUCCGCGCCAUCAAGCGUGCAGGAAGAAGAGGCAGCACGAUACACAGCCGCGCCAACAGUGCCACAUCACUUCGCUCGUUCUGGGAACCACCGCGGCAAUAUCCUCCGUCCGACGAAUUCUCCAGCAGUGAGCUGUCUGAAACGGACGACGAGGCAGCCUUCAGCUCCGAUGACGACUACGAGGAAGACACGUGGCUGCAGAUGAAGCGCAGAUCCUCGAGAAGCAACGCGGGGCCGAGCUCGAGGCCUUCGCUUAUCGACAUACCAACUGCUCCCGAGCAGGGGGGCUUGGCCUCCCCGGCGGUUGCCAUGGCGGCCUUCAGGGACCAACUCCAACAGUUCCAGCAGUCCAUGACGACUCAUUUCCACAAUCUCCCACACCUGCCACAAAUGCCUAAUAUGAUGGCGAUGCCCGAUUAUCAAGCGUACAGGCAACGCAUGGCAGCACUUCUUCCGAACAUUGUAGGGCCGCGACCUGUUGCUCCAGGGGAGGAGAAUCGAUGGUGGGACUUGUCUUCCCUAAUGCCGUCCUCGGUACUACCACCUGCAUAUGACGAGAUCUUCCCUGGCGGCCAGCAAGACCGGAAGGUCUCGCCAGAGGCAUUGGACAGAAAACAAGAAUCUGCUGCGCGGGCUGCAGCCGACUACGACGCAGACAGGAAGUGCGCAGUGCUAUACGACCUGCCAGAGGCAUCGACAGUGCAACAGCAGGCGGGUGAUAUACACGUGGAGGACACGCGGGUAGCAAGACAGUUGCCGAAACUGUUACAAAUUGGCCGCAAGAACAACAUAACGAAGGAACAACAAGACAACCUCCGCCAGGCACAUGCGCAAAACAUGAAGAAGUUGAGCAGAGACCGGAACCUAUUCUUCGUUUGGAUUCCGCUACUGCUGGUCAUUUCCUGUGCGAUGCUUUACAGUCACUUCCCUGGCAUCUUUACCACCGCCUGGAGCUUCUUCUCUUCGGCAGAGAAGCCCCAGUCCGUACCAAGGGCUCGUGGCGUCGUUCUUGGAGAAGUUUAGCUAUUGCUCUGGGCUGAACCGAGCAGACGUGCUGGGUGAGCAUUGCAAAGCAAGUGGUGUCUCUCCCUCUUGGUAUUGAGUGAAUUGAUGUGCUUUCUUUUUCUCGGAUAGUAUGGACUGACAUGGAGAACUUUUGGUUGGAAUUGGGACCGGUAACUCAGUCGGUUUUGGUUUGGGAUGGCGUGUUUCUGUAGGGCAUGUGGUUUCCGCAAUUGCACAGCUUGAAACUGCCUGGCGCCCACCUUGUUACUCACUCACAUAUUUGGGGCACACAAGCGUGUGUAUGGUUUAUAUAGACAUUCUAAUGGACCGAAGUGCCUUAUUGCGAGUGCUUUGCGCUCGAGAAACUAUCUAAUCGUUCCGCCGUGUUGGAUGUAUGGUAGAUUGUUUCAAGAUAGCAUGUGUAUAUAUUGAUCCGUCUGGAAUCUCAGGCCAGCAGA